AAUUGUUAAGAUAUUUUUAUCUUACAUUUGGUAAGACGAAGAAAAUGUAAACAAAGCAGAAAAAUAUUUUAGACUGUCAGUGAAAAAAGCAAAAAAUCAAAAAGUUUUGUCGAAAUGCCCGCCUUACCCGUGUUUAAACUGGGCAUGUUGGCCGUGCGUCAGCUAAGUAAAUAUGUAGCGAAUUUUAUUAAGCAAAAAGCGAAGGAUAAUCAAAUAUUUCGAGAAUACGUUUGUAUACCACCGGCGCAAUGGUACAACAGAAUGGAGAUUAGAACUAAGAUGUGGACAUUGAAGAUGGGCAAACCAACAAAUAUACAGCCGCUGUCAGAAACAGCUGCCAUUGAUUUGGGUGCCAGUAUGCUGGGUGAAUUCGUUUUGUUCUUAAUCUGUGGCGCUGCUGUUAUAUCGGAAGUCUCACGACAGAUGCGUUCAGAACGUCGUAAAAGAGACGAAAAAGUGCAAGCAGCAACUAAAUUAACAAAUAGUAUACUACAGAUGGAAGAAACCAUAGAACAUCAGGAGCAGUACAUACAAGAAAUCAGAAAGGCGCUCAAGUCUUUAGGCAAAGAUAUUAAGGUGCCAAAGCCCGAAAAAUUUGAAAGUAAAUUAUUGCGGCCACUUAUUGUAACGAGAUCGAUUGAUACGCAAGUUACGAUACCAAAAAGCGAUAAACAACUGCAGGUGACGAUGUAAUAUACAGUUGAGCUCAUCGAAACUCUUAAAUUGGCAAUAGAAGUCAUAUUUCAUACAAAUCACCUUCCAUAACUCCAAGACUCUCUAAGUCGAAGUUUUUUUUUUGGUGGAUUAUGGUGUUUCGAGUGAGAGAAGUUCAAAUGUAUUUAGUUUUCUUUAUACUUCGUGUUUGUAAUGAAAACGUGUUGGUUGAAGGAUUAUCGAAGGUUUCAUUUAAUGAUAACAUAUGUAUUAGUUAAUAGACUUGUUUUAAUUCUCACUGCAUAGAAAAAACUUAGUUUUAUUUCGCACAAUUUAAUAAA